GUUAUAUAGUCCUAUCAGGGUUUUUUUUUUAAAUGCAGCUAUUUCUCAGAAAAGUUCCAUGUAAAAGACCAUAAAGAAAUUCAUGGGUUUCAAGUUGUCCCUUCUCCUAAUUGCCUGGCUAAAGAAUUGCAGAUCCAGUUUCAGAUUGUAAAGAAGAGUAAGACGGAUGGAGGAGAAACGGAGGCUUCCACAAACAUCGGUGGACUCCCUAGUGCAUGUAUUUGAGAACUUCAGGCCCUGCUGUAGUCCUGAGAAAAAACAGAUCCUUCCCCAAUCUAGGCUUCAACUAACAACUCCAAGUCCUAUGGUAUCUUCCAUGCUACCAUCUGUGACAGGUGAAAGUGCCAUAAGAGACAAUAAGAAAGCUGCAUUUGUACAGCCCAGCCGGGUGCACUGCAGUACAGAAUCCAUGGAACAGCAACCACAAGCUCCUAAAAUGCUCCCUGUCAAAUGCCUCAGCUCUUUUCACGGCAAGAUCACUGUAGGCAACUGGAGGGCAAAACAAGGCCCAGAUUCUCAGCUAAACUACAUGAUGCAAUCUGGAAGCAGCAAGAACCAGGAGCCAGGGGAGAAAAAAAUAGCUCUGGAGCUGCUGGAAACAGAACAGGCCUAUGUUGUUCGCCUUCAUCUUCUAGACCAGGUGUUUUUCUCAGAGCUAAUGAAAGAAGCCAGAACUACAAAGACAUUCCCGGAAGAUGUAGUAAAAAUGAUCUUCUCUAAUAUCUCCUCCAUUUACCAGUUCCAUUCCCAGUUUUUCUUGCCAGAGCUGAAAAAACGUAUGGAAGACUGGGAUUCCAAUCCCAGAAUUGGGGAUAUCAUCCAGAAAGUGGCUCCUUUCCUGAAGAUGUAUAGUGAAUAUGUGAAGAACUUUGACAAGGCGAUACAACUGAUCACCAUGUGGUCAGAAAAGGCCUUGCCAUUCCAGGAACUCAUCUCAAACAUUCAGAAACGGGAAGUGUCUGCUAAUUUAACCUUGCAGCAUCACAUGUUGGAACCAAUACAGAGAAUCCCUAGAUAUGAACUCCUCCUGAAGGAUUACAUUCAGAAGCUGCCUUUGAAAUCACCAGACAGGGAGGAUGCACAGAAAGCUUUGGAGAUGAUUUUCACAGCAGCCAAACAUUCUAAUGCUGCCAUCGCUGAAAUGGAACGACUCCAGAACUUAUGGGAAGUAUAUCACAGGCUAGGCAUUGAAGAUGACAUUGUUGACCCUUCUAAUGAGUUUAUUAAAGAAGGACCUAUUCAGAAAAUCUCUUUCCGGUUCAACAGCACCUCAGAGAGAUACCUGUUCCUGUUUAAUAACCUGCUGUUGUACUGUGUACCAAAAGUCAUUCAAGUGGGUGCUGAAUUUCAAGUGCGCCACCGGAUUGAUGUCAAAGGCAUGAAGGUUCGAGAACUAAAUGAUGUACAAUUUCCUCAUGCUUUCCUUGUGUCAGGGAAGCAGCGAACUCUAGAAUUGCAAGCUAGGUGACAUUUCUUUCUCUACAGGUCCCAGGAAGAGAUGAAUGACUGGAUUAAGGCCUUCCAGUCUGCCAUCAACAAGAAAGAAAAGAAGAGUGAAACCUUCAAAGCUGCAAGCCAAGGGCAAGAAGCAGAGACUCAAGACUUCAGUCAAUGCCAGUCACAGGAGCUGGGCAAGCGGGCUCCUCAGUGGGUAAGAGACAAGCUGGUCACCAUGUGCAUGCGCUGCAAAGAGCCAUUCAAUGCUAUCAUACGCAGAAGGCAUCACUGCCGAGCUUGUGGCUAUGUGGUGUGCUCCCGGUGUUCUGAAUACAAGGCUGAAUUGCAAUACGACAAGAACGGACCCAAACGUGUCUGUGUAGAAUGCUAUGUCUUCCUAACAGGGAAUUUGCUGCCCGGCGAGCAGCAUGGGAAGCACAAAGGCAUUCUGGAGAAAGAAUCUGCAGAAAUAUCAGGACAAAGCUUGAUGUGCAGUUUUCUGCAGCUGAUGGAUAAGAAUGGAAAGGGGAGCAUGCGUGGCUGGUUUGUGAUCCCACGAGAUGAUCCAUUGGUGUUGUAUAUUUAUGCUGCACCUCAGGAUGUCAAGGCCUAUACCUCCAUCCCCUUGCUGGGCUACCAUGUCAAGGAGCCAUACCAGAAUAAUUCCCGUCACAUCUUCCAGUUGGUACAGUCCAAACAGAUCUAUACACUGGUUGCUGAAACUGAAGAACUGAAGCAGCGGUGGAUGAAAGCCAUUGAGCAGUCAGCCAGGGGAGAUGAGGAAGAAGAUUCAUUUGAUGAACUGGAAUAACUCAAGUUCCUUGUGAGGCUGUUACAUGCUCUGAACUGCCAUUGUAAUGAGCACUGAGUCCUUGUUUUAAAGGCAGUCGUAUUCUUCGGUUAUUAUUUUUCAAUGGUUUCAAAUCAUAGCAUUUUUGUCUAGUUGAGAUUUCCUGGACUUACCGAUGAGCCUACCAAUGGGACUAUACUCAGUGAAUUAUUCAAAUCAUAGUAAAUUGUUGAUUUGUCAUUUAAAUUAGCAAAUUUAUACUGAUAGGCUGUCCUGCCCAUAUACAUAUUACAUGCUGGUACAAAUAAUGCUUCCUGUUUGUGCCUAGACCCUCUUUGAUCCACAGCCAAGUCAGCAAAAUUAUUCUCUGAUUGGAGAUUCUGACACUGAAGAAUCCAGAAGUGCUUCCUUCCAUCUAUUUUAAAAAAAAAGAAGGUGAAUGGGAUCCUUGUCCCAAUUGCAUAUACAGAAUAUAAUCUGGGACAUGGUCAACCAAUCUUUUGGGCCCAAGGGGAAAUCUGUACAUAGGAUGCUAAUUUAGAUUACUUUUAACACAUUUUAGCUAUAUUUAUGGAAGUUAGACCUACAUUUGAUCUUUUGCUAUAACAGCUAAAUUAAAUCUCCAUGUUCAGGAAAAAAAUAUAGAGAAAAUAGCAGAUGAUACCUUUUUCUGUCAGGGUUUUUUUUGGUGAGUUUCUGAAGAUAUCAGAAGGAUCAUGACUGGAGACAUGGCUCACAUUGGCCAGGAAAUAGCCUGAAGGUAUACUGUGAGGUUCUGUUGGUGAAACUGAACAUGUUGAAUGUUCCAAACCAGAAAUAAAGUUCAACCAUCUGAAUUUAUUUCAACAACUAUAUGGUAAUAACUGCAGAUUGUUUAGUCUAUUUUCUGGCACUUCUAAGUA